AUGUUAAAUUCACUCUCGGGAAAUACAAUGAAACAAUACGACUCAACCCUAAGAUUAUGGUGGGAAUAUUGCAGGACCCUUGAUAUAGAUCCAUACCAAGCUUCAGUCCCCUUUAUCCUUAAAUUUUUAAGCGAACGUUUUGAUGCGGGAGCAUCGUAUGGUACAUUAAACGCAGCCAGAUCGGCCUUAUCCCUUUUAAUUGGUCCAAAAGUGGGGUGUGAUGAUAGGCUAAAGCGAUUCUUUAAGGGAGUGUUCAGGUUGAAACCCCCAAAACCAAAAUAUAAUGUUACAUGGGAUCCGGGCUUAGUUCUAGAUUAUUUAGCACUACAAUACCCAAAUGAGUCCAUUGAUAUUGAAUUAUUAACCAAGAAGUUAGUCACUAUAUUAGCACUUACAACAGGCCACAGGGUACAAACCUUAUCACAUAUUAAGUUACAAAAUAUUAAAAUUAAUUCAUCUGGGGUACAGAUUAAAAUACCGGAUUUAAUAAAAACUUCAAAUAAAAAUAUACUUCAACCGAUUUUACAUCUUAAAAUUUAUACAUGUAAAUUAGAAAUAUGCCCAGUGAAUACAUUAAAAUCAUAUAUUAGGAGAACAGAACAAUUCAGACACAAUACUGAACAAUUACUCUUAACAAUUAAGAAACCAUAUCGAGCGGCUUCAUCGCAGACCUUAAGCCGAUGGAUUAAAUCUACUUUGAGUAAGGCAGGAAUAGAUAUGUCUAUUUUUACAGCACACAGCACUAGACAUGCUGCGACCUCUGCCGCGAACCGGGCAGGUUUAAGUAUGGACCUCAUAAGGAAGACAGCGGGUUGGUCAAAAAAUUCGGAAACCUUUGCAAGGUUUUACAAUAGACCUCUCUCAGAAGAUCCAUUAUUAUUCCGUAGUACCGUUUGCAACACAUCACAUGUUAAUUGA